AUGUUUAAGAAGCUUGAACAAGUCCAACCACCAUACUUUGAGGGAGGUGUAGACCCAACUUUUCUGGAGAAUUGGAUUAGGGAGUUCGAUAAUAUCUUUACUACUUUGAAUUGUCCUGUGAAUAUGAGAGUGGAUCAAGCUUCCAUGUAUUUGAAGGAAGAGGCAGAUAUUUGGUGGAGGGAUAAUGGAAACGUACUUCGUGCUGAGGCUAAUUUUGGUUGGGAGACUUUCAAAACCAAACUUAGGGAGAAGUUCUAUCCACCAUUCUUAAGGAAACAAAAGGCUCAAGAGUUUAUCAAUCUGCAAAUGAACAAUAUGUCGAUUACUGAGUACUAUAACAAGUUUAUGAACUUGUCAAGGUUUACUCCUGAAGUUGUGCCUACUGAGAGUGCACUUGAGAGUGGGAGUGUUGGAGAAAAGCGUAAGGAUUUUGGGAAUUCGAGUGACCAAGGUAACUUUAAGAAGCCAAGGAACGAAAAUUUCCAGAAUAGGAAUGUUCAAAACAAUGGAGGAUCUUCUAGACCUGAUGGCCAAGCUGAAAGGCAUUACAACUGCAAGAGAUGUGGCAAGGAUCAUCCUGGAAAAGAUUAUGAUGGGAACUUGCAACAAGGGAAUGGGAACAAGUUUACUCCAACAAGCAAUCAAGGAGAGAAUUCGAAUGGUUAUAAUGGGAAUGGAAAGAACGGAAAUGUUGGCAACAACUCCGGGAAUCAAGGAAAGAAUGUCACUACAGGUCGUUUUUCUGUGAUGAACAAGAAGGAAGCUAAAAGGUCUUCUGAUGUUGUCACUGGUAACUUUUCUGUUCAUUCUAUUUCUAUUAAAGCUUUAUUUGAUUCUGGAGCCACCUAUUCUUUUAUUUAUAGUUCUGUUGUAAAACAAUAA